UUGUUGUCGUCAUCACGCACGAUUACGUGAUGACGCACCUGCACGUAAAUGCUGUUGUAAGCCGACUUUCGCGGUGACGUCACCGUACUGGUGACGUCAUCACGCCGUGGCCACUCUCCAACUGAGGCGGGAUUUUUCAGAAUUGGUGAGGUAAAGUAAAGCGAAUACUCCAGAAGACAAGUUUAGGACAGUAUGCUGCAAGUUAUGUAAAUUUAUUUAAGGACGCUGAGGGAGAUCGUGAGCCCCUGUGUGCUUGGAGUUAUUGGGUCCAAUCAUGGCAGACUGGGUCCACUGCAACGUCUGCUUCCUGCAACCAGAGCCCAAUGGCUGCAGUUUUAUUCUCGCCAACUGUGGGCACAUCAUCUGUCAUAACUGCAACAGCAAAGUUACAGUGGACAAAUGCGGCAUCUGUGACGCAGCUUGCAAAAAAAUUCUUGUCUCUAACAAGAUGGCAGAAAAAGAAAGAUUGUUUUUUAUGGACCCAGCAGACACAGUCAAAACAUGUCUGAUACAAGUUACGCAAAUAAUGGCAUUUCAGAAAACUCAAAGGUGUAAACUUUUCAUUCACCAAAAACAGAAGAUGUCAAGACUGGAAUUGGCACAAACGCAAAUGACCAAUAAAAUACAGGAAAUGGGAAGGGAAUGUGCCAUGCUUAGGAGAGAGAAUGCAGAGCUGAGAAAUGCCGCACAAAUGGCAAGAGGUUCCCCUGCAAUGUAUGGUUUAAGCUUGAAUACAACAGGAAACAGACCACGCAGUUUUACACCAUCUGCUAUGCCAGGGCUUGCGACACCUCAACACAGUCACGGUGCUGUGUCUCCAUUUUGUCGGAAUAAAAGAUCCUUCUCAAACACUCCUGAAGGAGGAAACUGUGGUAGUGUCAAGGGAACACGGGCUAGGCCUUCACCGAAUGCCAUGCUAUCCACGCCACAGACACCUUCAGGGUCUUGCCGAGUAUCGAUGAGGAACCCUCCAGCACAGGGCAAGAUGGGAACACCAUCUCAAAUGCAAAGUCAAAGCACGAUGAGGCUCGGAAGACACCCAGGAAUGUGUUCAGGUCCAGUGUGUUCUUCCGACUGGUCGAGCAGCCAGGGCAGGCCUGAGGGCUCGCAGUUCAGGAGGAUUGCAAAGAGCAACUAUCCCCCGACCUUCCAGACGCCGUUGGCAUCGCCCAGCACUCGGCAGAUGCACGGCGUGUCCUCGUCUCGCUUCACAGGUACAAACGUAUCAUCCAGCCAGGCCAAGACACAUAUUCAGUUUACACAUCCAAAGAUUUGAUUUCCCGAUGCUCUAUUAUCAGCUCCAAGAUGCAGCAUUGAGAGAGAAACCUGUUGGGACCAUAUAACGUUACAGCGCAUUGAACAGAUUAACUUCUUACAUGAAAUGGCCUCUUGCAGUUUAAAGGCUUCAUUGCUACAGGAGUGUGGCUUUGUUUUUUGUUGUUGUUCUCGUUUGAAUUACAAU